AUGGACUACAACUUUCAGAAUGCUUCAACUCACAAAACCCAAAUCCAACCAUUCAAACCAAACUUAAGUGUCCAUUUGAUUUGCAAAGAUUGCAAAGUAUCACCUCCAAACUUGGUUGAUACUAGUGAAGGUUUUUGUGUCUGUGGUGAUUGUGGUUUUGCAAUCCAAGAAGGAAUUGUUGAUACAAGAGCUGAAUGGAGAACUUUUGCUAAUGAUACUGAUUCUGACGUUGAUCCUAAUAGAGUAGGUUAUGUUGGUAAUUCAUUUGAAACUACUGCUUUAUCUACUUCAAUCUCUUAUAAUGCUACUAUUGGUAGAAAAGGGAAAGAAUUAAUGCACGCACAAGAUAGGUUAAAUGGUAAAAAAGACAGUGCAUUAGCUGCUGCUUUUACCAAAAUUUCAGCCUAUUGUGACGGAUAUCAGUUACCAAGAGUUGUUCAUGACAGUGCUAAAGAAGUUUAUCAACUUGUUUGUGAUGAUAAUUCCUUAAGAGGUAAAUCACAAGAUGCUGUUAUUGCUUCUUCUAUCUUCCUUGGAUGUCGUAAAGCUAACAUGUCUAGAACAUUCAAGGAAAUCUCUGCAUUGACAAAUGUUCAAUCUAAAGACAUUGGAAAAGUUUAUAAAAUCAUUUCCAAAAUAAUGCAAAACAAGACUGAUUCUGAUCCUUACAAUAAUUGUUACCCUGAAGAAACAACUAAUAAUUCUCAAACCUCAUUAACUGAUUUAAUUAGAAGAAUUUGUUCUUCUUUGGGGCUAAACAAUAAAGUCACGAUUGCUGCUGAACAUAUUGCUCAAAGAUGCAAAGAGGAAGAUAUUUUGACAGGAAGAUCUCCAAAUACAAUUGCAGGUGCUUCUAUCUAUAUGGCCACAGUGGUAUACCAAGUUCGUAUCCCAAUGCAAUCAUUAUGCCUCAAAGGUGGUAUUGGACCUGGUGCUAUCAAAUCAGCUUGCACAAUAAUAAAAGCUGAAGAAGAUAAGUUAAUAGAUUCAAAUUGGUUAGUUAAGUCUUAG